AGCGAGGGACCAAGGAAAGGGAGUGGGGCUAAGUCCAAUUUGUCUCUCUACUCAGUCUCACUUUCUGUCCUUUCCGAAAUAGACAAGUGAUUCAUCCCUCUCAAUCACUGGUCAGUAUUACUUCCCACUCUCCACUGUAUUUCAGUCUCUUUCUCAGAAACACAGAGUCACCUCUUCAAUCACGCUACAAGGGAAGAAGAAAGGGACCCUUAAUUAGAUGAAACGUAAAUGGAGUACGAAAGAAUCGACAAGAGACAUAUACAGCUGUCUCCUAGGAAGCUGAGGUCUAUGCUACUGGGAGCAGAAAAGAAAAGAAGGGAAGAAAUAGUAGAAGAUCAAGAGCUUGAAUCUGCUACUCUGUCCUUGAGAUCCCAACUCCCUGAGAUCCAUGACUCUGGUUGUAAUUUGGAGAAAUGCAAAGAUGUAAAUGUUGUAAGUAUUGUUCCUGAGAGCUCGACUUCCGUAGCAGUUGAUACGCCAGCUUCCUUGGAGAUGAUGAAUGACAUGAGAAUCAAAGAUCAAUCGUUGGUCAAUUCAAGAAUUAGAUCUCAAGAUGACAGUAUUUUGGACUGUGAUAGUGGGUUCGAUAGUAUUAGUACUAUAUCUCCACUCUUUGAAUUUCAAAAGGCUGAGCGGGCUGCACAGAGAGUGCCCAUAGCUCCUUUCUCAAAACCUGCCCCUUCUAAAUGGGAUGAUGCGCAGAAAUGGAUAGCAAGCCCAACGUCUAACCGUCCAAGGACUGGGCAGAGCAGUCAAGUUGUUGGAUCACGCAAGACUAGUCAUUCUGGAUAUGGCUAUAGACAACAACCUACAAAGGUUGUAAUUGAGGUUCCUGAUCAGCAAUUGGUUCCUUAUGAGGAGCCUGUCGACACAAAACAGAUAGACUCAGGCCAACCGAAGGACAGUGGAGUUCAGAAGUUUGUGAGUUGGGAAGCUGAGCCGUACCCAAUUGCUGAAUCAUAUCCGAAGCCAGUGCUCAUGAUUGAAAAUUCUAUUGGACAAUCAGCAAUAAAUCUGAGCCGUCAUGAUUCGUCUGUUUCUAUCCAUAGUGCAACCGUCAUUCCCCAACCAUCGACUGCUAGGUCAGUCUCAAUGAGAGAUAUGGGCACAGAAAUGACUCCAAUUGCAAGCCAGGAACCUUCCAGAACAGGGACACCUGUGAGAGCAACACCACCAACUCGCAGCCCAACUUCUUCUCGGCCAUCAACUCCAGGAGCUGCACCAGCUUCUUCUCCUUUAAAUGAUAAUUUGGAGGCUCGCAUAGAUGACUUGACUGACCAGGAAUUACAGAUGAAAACUCGAAGAGAAAUCAUGGCACUUGGAACUAAACUUGGUAAGAUGAAUAUAGCCGCUUGGGCUAGCAAGGAUGGCGAGGAUAGAAAUGCGUCCAGCUUACUGAAAACUGAUAAGCAAGAGCAACUAACUACAACUGUCACUGAGACACGUGCAGCUGCUUGGGAGGACGCAGAGAAAGCAAAGUACAUGGCCAGGUUUAAACGUGAAGAAAUCAAGAUACAAGCAUGGGAAAAUCAUCAACAAGCAAAGACAGAAGCCGAGAUGAGGAAAAAUGAGGUGGAGGUGGAAAAGAUGAGGGCAGGAGCACAAGACAAGUUAAUGAACAAGCUAGCUGCUGUGAGGCACAAAGCUGAAGAGAAACUGGCAGCAGCAGAAGCUAGGAGAAAUAAUCAUGUUGUAAAAAUAGAGAAGCAAGCAGAAUAUAUUCGUAAAACUGGCCGCUUACCCCGCUCAUUCUCCUUCUGCCGCUGGUGCUUCUGAAGCUACAAAUCACUAUUAAAUGCUCUGUAUAUUUUUCCUUUUUUCAAUAGCGUUGUAUGCUUGAGCUCUUGCACAAACUCAACUGGUAGGCACAUUACAUGUAAUUGUUGCUUAAUGGAAGUUGAAGUUCAGGCAUUAUUGGCCACUUGUGAUUUUACCUACAAAUCAUAAAAAUGAAACAGUGUAGAGAGAAAGAAUUCGUGCCACAUUUUUGCUUGAGA